UUUGGUUGCAUUAUUUUGUAUUAAACUCUUGUUGUUUUUUUGUUUUAUGAAGUAAUACAAUGCCUGACUGACACAGAAUGAACUGCAUCUAGACGACCGAAGCCGUUAAACAUUGUGGUUGUCCUACCUGAUGAUUUGACUUUUAACUGGAUAUAGCUUGUAAUGAACACAGCAUAUACAACGAUCUUACUAAUUACGGUGUUAACGGUAUAGCAGAAUGAUGGAUGUAAAACUAAUCUUUACGGGGUUCCUGAUUUUUAUAAUAAAAGUGCAGGGCCAGUUUGAUCCUAUUGCGUUUACCCUCGGACAGGAUUCAAAUGUUGACAUCCAGAAUGGUGCAAAUGAUACCAAGAUACCAUUUACUGUGGUGAUCACUAACCACCGACAGGCUAACUUGAACUCGGGUGUAUUUACAUGCACAGAAGAGGGGAUGUACAAAUUUCAAGUAUACUCUCUCACAUGGAGUAAUACCAAUCUGUUUCUGGAGUUAUAUGUAAAUAGCAAACUCGUAGCAUCUCUUCAGGGUCACACCCCUGGGGACUAUGCGGCGGCUGGCAAUGCUGUGAUACUGCCGCUUAAGAGUGGAGAUGCCGUAAAAGUCAUGUCAAGAAGCCAGUAUGCCUCGAAUAUAUUUGGUACGCCGGAUCAAAUAUACACAACAUUCACUGGCGUUCAGCUUGGGUCUCUGGAAUUAGGCGCUGAAUUUUCGACAACCCUAUCGGCAUUCUCUGUCAGUUUAACCCAACAGCAAGAUGUUCCCGGAGGAAAACCUGUAUUGUAUAACAACGUGUUAGUGGACGUGAAUGGAGCUUAUAACGUCACUACCGGUGUUUACACAGUGCCGUCUAGUGGACUUUACAUCUUUCACUUUUUCAGUUUAGCCCUCCGAAACAAAGAUGUCUGGCAAGAGCUAUACCACAACAACCAGUAUGUUUGUUCAAUAUAUGAACGAACUGACCAGGACUCCGCCGGAGCCGGAAACACGGUGCUGUUACACCUAAAGCGGAAGGAUCAAAUCAGUAUCCGUGCACACCAAAAUCAUAGUCUGUAUGGGGCCACAAACCAAAUUUACUCGACUUUUACUGGAGCACAGUUAGUCACAGAUGCUGACAUGAGAUCUGGUCAAGAACCAGUCAUUGCAUUCUCUGUCGGACUAUCCCAUCAUGCAACAGUUGCCGAUCAUUAUAAAGUUAUAUUUGACCGGGUAUUUAUUGAUCUUCAACAUGCUUAUGAUCAGAAGACGGGCGAGUUUAUUGUUCCUGUGUCGGGAUUGUACGAGUUCAGCUACCAUGCCCUCGGCAAGCGAAAUGGAACGAUAUGGCUUGAACUGUUUCAUAACUAUAGAUAUGUUAACUCUCUGUACAGUCAUACACCCGGUCACUUUGCCACCGGCGGCAACGCUGCAGUUCUAGAAUUAGACGCCGGCGACGUUAUCUAUGUAAACGCACGUGGCAACGUAGAUCUUUUUGGUGUCUUUAACCGAAUAUACUGCACUUUUACCGGAUACUUACUUAACGCUGUCGACAAUAUUGAAAUUAUUGGUAAAAAAUAAAGUGCAU